AUGGAAAUCGCCUCGCCGGUCCUUGCUGCUUUUAUCACCUUUUUUCUAUUCCCUGUUCUCCUUGCCGUCAAGCGGCUAUACUUCCACCCAUUGUCUCGGUACAAUGUACCUCUCCUCUGGGCGCUGACACGAGUGCCGUAUAUGCUGGCAUUCGCAACGGACAGCUAG